UCUGGGACAAUGAAAGCUCUCCUUUAAGGACUUAAUGGGAGUCAAUUGGGUGCUAGCUCAAAAUAAUAUAUUCGCAUACGUCUCGUCAACAAGAAGUACAACAUAACAAAUAUUUUCGGAGAUGUGAGAUAAUUAAUUUAUCUGUAAUAUCAUAUAGCUUUGGAAUCUUGACAUUAAGUACUUUCGAGGAAAAUAGGCAGGUUUCUCGACUCGGUUUAGCAACCGCGUGACGCUGUACGACAAUGUGAACGCGAUUGGUCGACAGUCUGCUGGGUGAGACGUUAUACAUUCACCCAUUUAUUGCCCAGUGGGAUUCAUAUCUCUCCUUUCUCUAAUAAAUCUGCCUUAACCGCAAGAGUUUUUAAACUCAGAGGGGCAACAUUGCGAGACUUCUGGGAAAGCUUGUGAAGCAGACCAGGCCGGGGUUUGAGUAGUCAAUGACAGAAGUUUUAUAUAUUUUUAUUUAUCGAAAUCUAAAGGCACAACCUUGAUUCGAGCCAAUGUCUUAAGUAGUUGUACAUGUUAUUAGUCCAACCUGUUGAAAGUGAUAAACUGCACCUUUUCAUUUUCGUCAAACACUAUUUUAUAUUGGAUUGCCUUUGAUUUGAUGGCUUGCACAUGCGCAGUUUGGCGCGUGUCGACCGUUAGACCCGAUUGCGUGUUUCUGCGCAUGAGUUUAGCUAGCCAACGUCGCCAUGACAUCGCCUACGAGCGUGAUCGUGGAUUUAUAAAGGAUAAGCAGUUUCUGUCUUUGCCUUAACUGGCAGCUCGCUCCACAUUAGGUGGUGGUGUUGUGGCUCCUUACAUUGGGGAUGAUGUGUGGAACCCUUGGGAGGAUGAGCAGGCUAAUGCGCUUUCUGCUCUGCACAAACAGAGGGAUGCUUUCAGACAAUACCAGGAGCGCAUUGACAAGAACAGGCCCAAGAGAUACAAAGUUCAAAUCUGGGGGAAAGCGGCCAUAGGACUUUACCUUUGGGAACAUAUUUUAGAAGGUCCCCUCAACCCCACCGACAUACAAGCACAGUGGAGAGAGGGGGAGAUACAGGUGGGAAAGAUAGAUUUCAGUUUCUACACAGGUCCAGCGGUGAUCCAAGGCCACGUUCCUCUGGACACAGACAGUGUGGUUCUGGUGCUGAACGGCCGGGAGCAGCAGAAGAUCUCCUACGCCACCCGGUGGCUGCAGCAUGUCCAGACCUUGAUGCAGUUCCACGCUGUGAAUCGUGUGGCUGUGGUUCUGCUGGGCAGCGAGCGCUGCACCAACGACUGGAUCAGCCCCUACCUGAGGAGGCACGGGGGCUUUGUGGACCUGCUCUUCCUGGUCUAUGACAGCCCCUGGGUUAACGACAAGGAUGUCUUCCAGUGGCCCCUCGGAGUAGCCACAUACAGGCAGUUUCCUGUGGUCAUGCCAAACUCCCAUAUGGUGAGCUCCGCAAGGCCCUUCCUCUGUAACUUCCUGGGAACUGUCUACAAGAACUCCUCGAGGGAAACACUCAUGGGGAUCUUGAAACAAACAGGACUGGACAAAGAGUGCAUCACUACUGGCAGAGAGAAGUGGCUUCCUCAGGAGACAGUGGAGAGUCUGAGACAGUACCAGACAGCCCUGGCCCAAAGCGAGCUCACCCUCUGCCCUGUGGGAAUCAACACGGAGUGCUACCGCAUCUACGAGGCCUGUGCCUACGGCUCCGUACCCGUGGUGGAAGACAUGCUGACCCCCGGUGGGUGCUCUGCUGCACGCAGCUCCCCACUGCGUCUCCUCAAAGCUGCAGGAGCCCCCUUCAUCUUUCUCAAAGACUGGAAGGAGCUUCCAGGCCUCCUGGAAAAGGAGAAGAUGAUGAGCCACGAGGAAAGGACUGAGAGGAGGAGGAGACUGCUGGAGUGGUAUAGCAGUUUCCGCCAGCAGAUGAAGGACAGGUUCACCGAGGUCUUAGAGGAGACCUUCUUCAAAAACAGCUAAGUCUUUUUAAAGCUCAGAGUUAAACACAAAAUGGCACAAUUACGAGGUACAAUGUGGAUCUCGUUGGCAGUGUGUUUAAGGGAGAAAAGCCACCUUUUGGGGGGAUUUUGUGGGCUUAUGGCUCCAUUUUGUAAAGUUUCCACUGGUAGCUGACAACUGUCUCUCAAGAUAAUGUUCAAACAAAACAUUUAUUUCAGGCUAUGGGUGAAUUAUAUUAGAAUGAGGUGGCUUUUAAUCUUGUUGUUCUCCAUAAUUUAUUUUACAUAGUUCAAGAUUUACAUGUAUUUAUGUUGUAACUUAAAAGAUUAUGGAUUUCAGUUACUCUUGAACUACUUGCUGAAUGCACACUCCAAAGCAACAUUGUAUUCGACCUUUCAGUAAGGCCCAGUUAUUGUAUUUUUACCCGAGGAGGGUGGCGCUAUAGGAGGACAGUCUCGUUGUAAUGGCUGGAAUGGAAUGAAUGGAACUUUAUCAAACACAGUAAACAUAUGGAAACCACAUGUUUGACGUUCCAUUUAUUCCAUUACAAUAAGCCCGUCCUCCUUUCGCUCCUCCCACCAGCCUCCUCUGAUAUUUUUCCCAUCUAGAUAUUUGUCAGGAGGAUAUCUCCUUUUCCUUUACAUUUAUUAUAGACCUGUCCUUGAACUAAGUAGGGCUUGUUGUUGUGGCAGGAGUAGGUCUAUCUCUAGUGCAAUUGCAGUAAACCAUAUCCUGUGGUAAACCAUAACCUCAUGUUUUCAUGCUGUUAAUGCAUUAGAGCUUGAAAAAUGAUUAACACUGUUCUUGUUUUCUGUGAAAUUCUGUAAACGGUUUGUUUUGCUAUUAAAAUGUGUAAUAUUUGUUAA